AUGCCUUCGCCAUCUGCCGCAGCCGCCUCUAACGACUUCGAGGGCGACACGACAGCGCAUUAUGAGGUACGAGACUGGGCGAGACCACCAUCCGCUUUCUACCAAAACCCGGUGCCACCCAUGGUGAACUUGGCCAUCGUUGGUAAUCCCGGAGUCGGCAAGAGCGCCAUCCUGAACGCCCUCGGAGGAGAAUUUCAGAGUGGCUACUCUGAAGGAACGGGACUCACCACAGUCAUUUCGAAGAAACAAGUCACUCUCAACAACAUCCGCUUUCAACUUUACGACAUUCCUGGAAUUAACGACUGCCCUCCUGCUGGCGGUCAGGAUACCAUUGUCAAGCAUCUUUUGAUGCUGCAGGACGCGUUAAACGAAGGGGACCACUUUGUCAUCAUUUUCGUUAUCCAGCCGACUAUCGGACGGAUCAAGCCUGGCGACUACAUGGUCAUGAAGACGGUGAUCGACAGCCUGAAGGAAGGACCCCAGAUAGGAUUGAUUCUGAACCAGGCAGAGCCCAGUGCCAUGCCCAGCUACCGAUCAUCUAGGUUUUCAGGUCUUGUGUGGGGACCGCUCGAGAAGAUUGUUGAGAGCGGUAACAAGAAAUUCCUGUCAAGAGCACCCCCCUUGGUCCUGCCCGAUCAUGGCUCAAGGGAUUUCAAUGAAGACGAAGCGUCUGAUAUUCUCCGCUUUGUCCUCUCGUUCGACCCUAUGCCAGUUAUCUCGCGGAACAUGGUCGAUAGACUUUGA